GUGCUGCAACCUUCACGACCAACUUUACAUGGGCAGUCAUCGAUCCAUCCACUCAUUCAGGCGCUGCCAACACAACAUUUGACAUCUUUCCACACCAAAUUUGCUGUCAUCUCUUAAACUGCCAGAUCCCCGAUGUUAUUAAUACAUUAAAAACUCGAUCGCAUACUACGCUGCCGGACGAAAUCGGUCCGCGGCGUCUUGGCGAAUAAUGCCCUUUCGCCAGCUCUAUCCCGCGCAUUCUCCUGCGUGCGGCAAAGAUGCCCUCGGCAUAUGACCAGAAGAAGUCCGACUCGGCCAAGAAGGGCAACACUGUCAAGACUGCCUUUGACAGUGAGAGUUUUGAUGCCGACUGGACUAUCCACGUCCCGGGCCUUGUGGGCUCGGCGACAAUAUCUCCUUCGGGUCGCGAUGUCGCCCUUGCAUCCCCUGAGGGCCUUGCCAUCAUCGACCUCGAUUCGCCCUAUAGCCCUCCGCGCCGCCUGAGCAGUCGUGGUCUGCCAUGGCUCGUGGUCGAUGUUCAAUGGUCGCCCUUCGCAGCCCGCGACUACUGGGUUGCAUCCACCGCCAACCACCGUUGUCUGGUCUGGAACCUCAAUUUUCGCGACGACUCGGCUUCUGGCCCCAUCGAACACUCCCUGCAGGGCCACAGCCGUGCCAUCACUGACAUCAACUUUUCGGCUCACCACCCGGAUUUGCUUGUGACGUGCUCCGUCGACGGCUAUGUCCAUAACUGGGACCUUCGUCGCCCUCAGCAGCCAGCGGAGAGCUUUUGUGACUGGACCGCUGGUGCCACGCAGGUCAAGUUCAGUCGUCAGGAUCCGCAUAUGCUUGCGUCGUCUCACGACCGCCUCCUGCACAUUUGGGACGAAAGACGGCCAGUCGAGCCCGUAAAGACCAUCAUGGCGCACUCGUCCAAGAUCUAUGGGAUCGAUUGGAAUCGCACCAGAGCGUCUGCUCUUGUGACAUGUUCAUUGGACAAGAGCAUCAAGUUUUGGGACUACAAAAACGAGGGCGACGCCCCAGAACGCGUUAUCCGUACCGACUUCCCCGUUUGGCGUGCCAGGCAUACGCCAUUCGGCUGGGGAGUGCUUGCCAUGCCCCAAAAUGAGCCUGGUAAUCUCCAUCUUUUUGACGGUCGAUCCCGUGAAGGCGACCCUCAAGACAGCAGAGAAGAUCCUGUUUUUGUGUUCAAGGGCCAUGGAGACCACAAGGCCAAGGAGUUUCUCUGGAGGAGCCGGGGAGGGGUAGAUGAUAAUGGCAUUGACAGUCGAGACUUCCAGCUUGUCUCCUGGGGUGCGGACAAAGAGCUGCGAUUGGAGCGCAUGGAGGCAGACGUUUUAGAAAAGGUCGGCUACGUCAAAGGUCAGCCUGCCCCCAAGGAUCUGGUCCUUACCCGCAAGGGUGCCACCUACAAGACCUUUCGUACCGUGGAUGACGGCGUGCAUCGUGACAGGUGGAAUGGCACCAUGACGGACCCCCGCGCAGGUCAUACCUCCAACCCCCUCCGGCGCAAUGGCAUUGCCACCGGUAGCCAAAACGCAUACCACAAGCCCGCAUCUGCAUGGCGGGCGCCAUCUAUGAAAGCCAAAACUAUGGGCAAGGAGUCCAAUAGGAGUCUGGCCCAGAUAGGAUGGAUGCGAGGCGUGACGAUGAGCAAGCGUAAGACGCAGACUGGAACUUCGAGCAGUAACCGGGACGCUCUAUCGCCCACCGAUCAAGACUCCAUUUUUGGCUCAGUAUAUCACGAUAAUGAAUGGGGCGAACCUGAUACUCUGCAGGACGAGUUCGUUCGCCUCACCAGUCAACUACCCAACGUGAAAUGGAACCACAUCGACAUGGACAAUCUCAUAAUAAAUGCUAGCCUUAAAGGACCAUGGGGCGUCAGUGGCGACCCGAUACAUAUCAAGGUCAAAGUUGACAUACCAAAAAAGUAUCCAAAGUCCAAAGCCCCGAGGUUCUUUAUCGACAAGAGUUCAUUCAUGACGGAAGAAACACGUACCAAGAUCCAGAAUGAACUUUCUCUGCUGGUUGCCCAGUUUGCGCAGCACAAGAAGAAUUCUUUAGGGCCCGCAUUCGCUUACCUCCUCGGCGAAGUUGAUCUUGCCGGAAGCACCAGCUUUUUGAGAGAUCUGGGAGACAUGGACGACAUGGACGACGAAGACGAAGACAUGGAGACCACUGGGAGGAAUGCCGCAGCCGAUGAGGAGAGCUCUAGCGAUAGUGAGUCGGACAUACCCCCAGGGGGCUCUGCGGCCAUGUCGCAGGAGCUUCCUGAACCGACUACUGGGUCUGAUGCACCGGCAGCACUCUCUGGAGGAUUCAGACAGACAGUCAUACCCGUGAAGCGGACCUGUGGGGCCCGCUUUUCUAAUGAUGGGAAGCUAGCAUGCUUCUUCCCGACCAAGGAGGAGAAGGCCAGGGCUUUGUUCCUCGUCAGUACUGACUCUGUGAGGGAACGAUCCAAGGGCGAGCCCAGGUUUGCAGGUUUUGGUCGACUUUUGCAAAACUCGCAGUCCCCCACCGGCCGUCGCAAUCCCGAUGAUUCCGCAAGUGACGAUGGAUCAGGCGGGUCAGAUGCGGACGACUCGUCGUCAUCUUCUUCCUCUGACUCCGAGUUGGCAUCCAUGAACCGCAUCAGCUUCUGGUACAGGCAAGGCCGUAGCAAAUUCCGAAAGUCGUGGAGCGCCAAUGAAUCCGUACGGUCUAGCGGUGGUGGAACCGGUACUGGCACCGGUACACAAGCCGGGACGAUUAGGGGAAGUAGGCGCACCGCUACGGUCAAGGCCAAGAACAUUGUGUCUAUACAUGAUAUGCGCGACCUUAUCCCUUCCAAGCAAGCAUAUGCCAAGGAAUAUGCUAUCUUUGGUGAUGGAGAGGAAGUUUGUGAACACAACGCACAGGUGGCGGAGCGGCAUGGAGAUAAAGACUUGAUGUACAUUUGGCGUUACGCUGGUCUCCUCCUGCGCUCCGAUAUACCCCUUCGGUUGGCAGAUGAUCAGCAGUUCCCAAGGAAGAAUGCAAAUUCUUUCCUCGUGAUUGCUCGUGACGCCGUCUCUCGAUUUGGCGGCACGUCGCCGCCACAUGAAGCAGAUAUGUUUCUUGGCAAGGUCAAAUGGGGCCAACAUCCCUUGGUACAUGACUUUAUCAGCGAUGUGUUUGCCUACUUCGAGCAACUGGCAGACAUCCAAAUGCUGGCUAUGCUCUCGUGCGUAUUCGGUGAUUCCUGGGCCAAGGACAGCCUGGCAUACGCAGAGUCGCAUCUGACACAACCACAAACGCCAUUACCAAUGAAGGCCCCUUCAUUCUCCCUCGAGUACUUUCCCACCAAUCCUGAGCUGUGGCAUCAACAACAGCUGCAGUCCAAUUGGCAGCACCAACAUCACCACUUCCGCAGCCAGGCGAGCUCGGCCAUUACCACUCCACGCACGUCGCAAACGCCUAACCUCUACUCUUACUCGAAUUCGCUAGGGUCCGAGCCUGGGGUCUGGCUUGGAGAUCCUGGAUCCUAUUCGUGCGGAGAGACACCACCGGCUACGACCGUGGGCAUCAGGGCUCCCCGCAACCACCAUCAUUCCGCUGGAGAAGUGGACUAUACGCAAAGCCUAUCUACAUCUCCCAACACGCGUAUCGCAGGUUUUCGCAGGUCCAACUCGGCCAUCGCAGCAGCCCCAGGCCUGGCCGCAAGCUUGCCCCGCACAUUGCAUAAUAUAGUUUCAUCAUCGCCACCUGAUGGCCCUACACGCAAAAGAGUCAGUCCUGCAGAGAUUUUGGGCAAUCUUGCACCAGCCGUCACGUGGGGUGCGUCGACGGUUUUCGGCGCCGGUGCAGCGGCCCGUCACGCUGAUGCGGCAGCUGGGACAGCGGCAGUUGCUGCUGAGCUGAGGGCGGCCGCGGCAGCGGCGAGUGUCGCUGGAACGCGGACACCAUCAACUGACGGCAUCGAUGCGCCGUAUACUCAUCUCGAAUCGAUGGUGGCAGUCAGCGUGAGCGUCAAACUCUUCAACGAGAGCAGUUUCGACGACGAUGGCUGGAUGACAACUCCAUUCUUGGAGCCGAAGCUAGGGGCGCUGUACGCUAGCUACCGGCAUGCGUAUGCCGAGAUGUUGCAAGUCUGGGGCCAGCCUCUGGCAAGGCUCGAAAUCAUGAAGUUCAACAUACUCAAGGGUGGCGAUCGAAAUCCGGACUCCAAGUCAAUGUUUGGACAGCACAACGAUGACGACGAGGACGGCGGGCAUAAGGAUCCUCAAAACUCGCCUCAUGUGAGGGACACGGGCGCAACAGUCAAGGACGAAUACGGUGAAGAGGUCGUGACCGGUACACCAUCGCCGACUCUGACUGUUAGCAAACGCAGGCAUCUAAAGACACUUAUGGGAUCGGGUCGCGGUUUAGACGUCACAGGGAUCUGCAGAAUCCACGAAACAAAUCUGGAGCCUCUGCAGACCAGCGGGCGGCCCCUACCCAGCCACUACGGCUCAGAACUUGUCUCUAUUGACGGGUCUACGGCCGAGAUGACGAUAGGCGGCGCCGUGGGCACAUGCGAGCGCUGUCAACAUAGUCUGCAGUCGCAGCUGCGGUGCGUGUAUUGCGCUGAGCCUGUCGCUGCCCUCUACCCGGCAUGUCUGGGAUGCGGGUGCCCGAGUCACGAGAAGUGCCUGGCUGAGUGGCAUGCAGCGGGAGAGCGACUGUGUCCUGCCGGCGACGAAUGCGACUGCGGGUCUGAGGCAGAUAACGGCAAGAUCGAGAGUUGGGCUGCCAUUCAGGCGGCGCUGCUAUCGGCUCGAAAAGCCGAGAAAGAGAGGCAGGCGGCGGCGACGGCAGCGAGGGGCCGCAAGACAGUCCGUGUCGCAGGUGGGCCCCCGGCGAUGCUGAACUUACCUCGGGAGGCCGGCAUUGCGGGGUUCAUCACGCCGCCCAUGGCGUCGCCCAACGCCGCGCGGCCCAGAAGAAAGAGUAUGCCGGGCGGGAUUGGACUUCACGAGCAAGAGCAGCAUACACAAAAGCAGCACCAUGCAGGCGAUCCUGUGCGGCGGCUUCGCGAAGAGGAGGGUGAAGAUGGGGAGGAGGGCAUGGAUAGGGAAGGCUGGGAGAGCGUAACUCUGCCUCCUGGCGGAAGUGGGUCGGGGUCGGGAGGCACGACUACGCCUGCAGGUUCAAGAUUGCCGUCUGCCGCGGCACAUCUGAAUCGACUGCGGAAGCAAGUGGGAGAGAUGACUGGACGACCGUCGAUCCUGAGGCAGAGGAGCGGCGGGGUGCUGCAGAAGAAGAUGCCCUAAAAGUGACACAGUGGCGGGAUAUUAAAAAUUCUUCUAGGUUGAACGAGCGUAGCAUUGUGGUUUAUGGUGUUUUUUUGUUUAGGUGUAUGUAUAUCGGAUGUAAUUUAUUGUUGAGAGUACCUAAGCACCCAUCUAGGUAUUUAAGAACCCCAUAUAAUCGUUAUGUAACCCCGAUACCAAAGAUCAAUGCAGUGUUCGGCAG